AAUUGGAUAUCAAUCUGCAGGGGUAUUUAUUGUACUUCAACUUUUUGACCCAAACAUUCAUUUUUUUUCAUCUGAAAAUGGUUCCAUGGUUCUGUAUCUUCACUAUCUUUUCUUCCUUAUUCUACUACAAAUCAAGUGCUGAGCUCAUAAGUUCUCUUCCUGGACAGCCUCCAAAUAUUGUCUUCAAACAGUACUCUGGUUAUAUUGUUACAAAUUCCCAACACGGCAGAGCUCUAUUUUAUUACUUUGUUGAAGCAGAAUCAGAAAAUGCAGCAUCACUUCCCCUUACUGUGUGGCUCAAUGGAGGCCCUGGUUGUUCAUCUGUGGGUUACGGUGCAUUUAUGGAGCAUGGUCCUUUUCAACCAGGGAAACAUGGGAGCCUGAUGAAAAACAAGUAUUCUUGGAAUUUAGAAUCGAACAUGUUAUACGUGGAGUCCCCGAUUGGAGUUGGAUUUUCAUACUCGAAUACAAGCUCAGACUACACCAAUUGGGAUGAUGCUGCAACAGCAAAGGAGAAUCUCCACUUCAUCCUUAACUGGUUCAAGAAAUUUCCCAAAUAUAGAAACUCGGAUUUGUUCUUAGCUGGGGAGAGUUAUGCAGGUCACUAUAUUCCACAACUUACAGUAUUGCUGCUUGACUACAACAGAAAGCCCAAUGUUAAACCAAUCAAGCUUAAAUCAAUUGCACUGGGGAAUCCACUACUAGAUCUUCAAAUAAGUGUGAAAUCUGGUGAAUAUCUAUGGUCGCAUGGUGCAAUUUCUGAUGAACUGCUUACUAUGAAAAGAACAAUCUGUAAUGAAACGAGGAUGUUGCUGGAAUCGAUACAUAAUAAUAUGUCUAACGAGUGCUCGGAAGUGUCGGAACUCACCAAUGAGGAGAUGGGAAACGAUACAGAUAUGGGCGAUCUGCUUGCGCAAACGUGUGUAUCUUCUAGUGCAGCAGGACAGCUAGGAGCCCUUGGAAAAUUUGCCACAAUACAUGGAAAGCUUGUUAAGAAUGUAGGAAAAAUUGCUGAUCCAUGCCUUAGUGAUAGGAUAAAUCUGUACCUUAACAAGCCAGAAGUUCAAAAGGCACUGCAUGCCAACGCCACUCACCUGCCAUAUACCUGGAAUUUUUGUUUGGGGCAAAUUCACUAUAAGAUAGGUGAUUUAGCGAUUAACGUUAUACCUCUACUGUCAAAUAUCCUAAAAGAGCAUAUCCAAGUUCUGCUUUACAGUGGAGACCAAGAUUCAAAAAUCCCACUGACCCAAACUAGGAAAAUUGCUAAACUGCUUGCUGGUGAUUUAAAGCUAGUUGCUUUAGACAACUAUGGUCCUUGGAAUGAUGGCUUGCAGAUUGGAGGAUGGAGUCAAUCAUUUGGAGGGCUAAGGGAAGGCAAAAACGUUACAUAUUUAACAUUUGCAACAGUUAGGGGUGCGGCUCAUGAAGUACCCUUUACUUCUCCUUCACAAGCUCUUACACUCUUUCGAGCAUUUUUGAAAGGACAUCCUCUGCCGCGAAGGAACAACACCAUUCGAGCCCAGAAGCUGCAUAAACCUAUCGAUCUGAUAAACCUCUAAUCGAUUGCAAUAUUUAGAUUUCGACAAUAGAAUUUCGAGAUUUAAUUUUGUAUCCUUGUACUCUUUUCUUUUUUGAUCGUGGAUUUUGAAAGUUUAAAGUUAUAUUACUUUAUAGAAACAGAAAAGGGCCAAAUAUACCCCUGUACUAUUAGAAAAGGGUCAAAUAUACCCUUCGUUAUAUUUUGGGUCCAAA